CCUAGAAGGGAAAUUUAUAUUCAUUUAGUAAUUAGGACAGCAGGAAAGCCAGUGCAGGCUCCAUAAGCCCUUCAGAGGUGCGCUAUCAUUUAGGCAGAUCAUUUAGGCAUGCGCAGGAUAUGCUUCCUGGAUGGUCUGUCGCAGUGCAGUGACGUAUUCAGUGGCACGUCCAGUGACGCAUGCAGUGGCGUGUCCAACGCAUGCGCAUAUCCUGCCGGAAACAGCACUUAACGCCUCAGACGACGGCCAGCUUUUCUCCGAAGCGCACGCUUUUCGUCGAGCUCUUGGCAAUCUCCCACCUGCUUGCUACCCAGUACUGCUACGUGGGUCUCAGCCAUGGCCUCAGAGAAACUUGUCUGUUUCACCUCAGAAAACGCAGAAAUUCCCGAUGAUUUUGUGGAGCUUCAGCCACUCAAUGUAGAAACGGUUUCUGUGGAAACCAGUGCAAUUCAAACCAUCGAAUUGUACGAAGACGUAGGUGUCGAUUGGGCACAUGGUGGCCACUACCACUCUCCUCUUAUUGCUCUGCAGCCACUUGCGGGCAGUACCCUGAGUAAUGGGGACCAUGAUCAGGAAAUGGUCAUCGUGCAGACACGAGAGGAGGUGGUGGGCUACCAGGACUCAGACAACCUGCUAAUCAGUGCUGAAUUUGAAAGCCAGAUGGUUGUUCCGGUUACUAAUCAAGACGACUAUCUCCAGCCGACCACUGCCUCUUUCUCAGGCUUCUUGGAGACAGAGCAUGGUCAAGGUGAGCUCAGCCCCUAUGAAGGGAAUCUCUGUAGUUUGGCGACCAUUAUCGAGGCCAGUGCAGAAGAAGGCGUGAACCCUGACCUGGGCGACAAACAGUGGGAGCAGAAGCAGAUAGAAAUCGAAGCUCUUGCAGGAGAAUUACCCUUUGCCAUAUGGGAGGCUACUGAACAAGAAGAUCCCAUGGCCGAAGGGCAGGCUGGCGACUCACCUCCUGAUUAUUCCGAAUACAUGACAGGAAAGAAAUUUCCUCCUGAAGGAAUACCUGGCAUUGACCUGUCUGAUCCCAAACAGCUGGCAGAAUUUACAAGCAUGAAACCGAAAAAGCCCAAAGGAGACUUCCCAAGACCUAUUGCUUGCUCUCAUAAAGGCUGCGAGAAGAUGUUCAGGGAUAACGCCGCCAUGAAAAAGCAUUUGCACAUCCAUGGGCCUAAAGGGCACGUCUGUGCAGAAUGUGGCAAAGCCUUUGUUGAGAGUUCGAAGCUGAAACGUCAUCAGCUGGUUCACACUGGAGAGAAGCCCUUCCAGUGUACCUUUGAAGGCUGUGGGAGACGCUUUUCCCUGGAUUUCAAUCUGCGCACUCAUGUCCGAAUUCAUACUGGAGACAAGCCCUUCGUGUGCCCAUUUGAUGCCUGCAACAAGAAGUUCGCUCAGUCGACCAACUUGAAAUCACAUAUUUUAACACAUGUUAAGAGCAAGAAUGACCAUUAAAGAAAGUGAGAAGAUCCUUCUGAAGCCUGGGAAGUAUUUUACACUAAUGUGCCUGGGAAUAAAUAUGCCUCUUGUUUGCAUAGUUCUAGAAAAGUUAGUGCAGAUGAAUUCUACAUAUCUGAGGUUUAUCUUUUGAUAGAGUAAAAGUUAAAAGUUUUAUGUUGGUAAGAUGCCCUAUUUUGUGCUGCAGUGGGGUUUUUGUGAAGUUUGGUUUCAACAAGAUAGACUAAUUCACUAACCUCACAUAGUUGCUGAGAUGCCAUGUGUUUUGUACUGUUAUUUUUUGAAGCUUGGUUUCAACAAGAGACUAAUUCACAAAGCUCAUAUUGUUGCUAAAGAUGGCCUUUGUUAUUUUGCACCGGACUUUUUGAGAAGUUUGGUUUCAACAGGAGACUAAAUCACGAAACUCAUAUUGCUAAAAUAUCCUAUCUUCUGCAGUGGUAUUUUCAUGAAAGUAGUUAGAACAAGAGACUGUUUCACAAACUAGAUAUGCUAAAAUGACCUGUUUUAUUCUCCAGUGGUAUUUUUAUGAAACUUGCUUUCAACAGGAGGCUAACUCAUAAACCACAUUGUUUCUAAAGAUGGCCUGUGUUAUGUUGCUCUGAAGUGUUUUGAGAAGCUCGAAUUCAGCAGGAGACUAAAUCACAAGCCUCUUUGUUGCUAAGAUGCUCUGUGUUUUCUGCCGGGUGAUUUUUUUGUGGUUUGGUUCAACAGGAGACUACAUCAUAAACCUCAUAUUGCUAAGGUAUCCUAUCUUCUUCUGAAGUAUUUUUUUGAAGUUUGGUUUUAACAAGAGACGAUUUCAUGACCUUUAUAUGCUAAAAUGACUGCUUUAUUCUGCAGUAGUGUUUUUAUGAAACUUGCUUUCAACAGGAGACUAAUGCAUGAACCUCAUAUUACUAAGGUGUAUUAUUCUACAGUGGUGUUAUUGUAAGUUGGUUUUGACAGGAGAAGAAUUCAUGCACCUUACAGCAUAAUGUUGCCAAUAUGCCCUGUUUUGUUCUGCAGUGGUGUUUUUGUGAAGUUUUGUUUCAACAGGAGACUAAUUCAUGAGCCCCGUAUUCUCGAUAAGAUGCUCUGUCUUAUUUUGCAAUGGUGCUUUUGUGAAGUUUGGUUUUGGCAGGAGAAUAACUCAUAAAAUUCAUGUCAAAUUACAUUUCUUUAUACAACUGUGUUAGAAAUGGCACUUUUGCAUUCUCAUGAAUAAGAAGUUUACUUACUACUUACGUUUUUUUAAUUGUGUAUUCCAAGUACUCAUGUUUAUACUUUUAGGAAUAUGUUUAGUAAUUGUAUAUAUGGUUUCUGUGGAGUUGAUGUUGAUAAGAGGUAGUCUUUAAAACAUGGGCAGUUUUUUUUUUUGGUUGUUUUUUGUUUUGGUUUGGUUUGGUUUGGUUUUGGUUUUUCAAGACAGGGUUUCUCUGUAGCUUUGGAGCCUGUCCUGGACUAGCUCUGUAGACCAGGCUGGUCUCGAACUCACAGAGAUCCACCUGCCUCUACCUCCUAAGUGCUGGGAUUACAGGCGUGCGCCACCACCGCCCGGCACAUGGGCAGUUUUAUACAUACAUAUUAUCCUGCUAAAGGAAUGUUAUAGGUUUGUUUACCGUCUUAAUUUUGGCACUAUUCCUUGAUGUCAAGACAUUUUGUGUAAGUUUCUCUUAGCCGAAUUGUACAGUAUAGAAUAUUAGAUGAUUUAGUCAUAUUAGCCAAUUUAAGCAUCUUUUAGUCACUUCAUCCCCUCCCCUCGUAGUACCUAAGGUGCUGUUGUUGAGUGUUAUUUCUUUGAUCAACUAAGAGUAGUGUUUGAUUUUAUAAUAUUUUGUCUUCAAAUUGAUUGCAUGUUUGGUGUGUACUUUUGUGUGGUAGAAAAAAGCAAAAAUAAAGUAACUGUUUGGAGAAUUAAAAA